CGUAAACACAUCAUGCAAGUAAGGGAUAUUGCAGCUCAACUAAAGAAGCUGGAAAUCAUUUUACCAGAUACUUUUGUGGUGCAUUUUGCACUUAAUACCCUUCCUCAAGAAUAUAGCCCCUUUAAGAUUUCUUACAACACACAUAAAGUAGAUUGGUCUAUCAAUGAGUUGAUAACCAUGUGUGCGCAAGAAGAACAAAGGCUUAUGACUGAGAUUGGGGAAAACGCUCUAAUGGCCACAACAAAGUAUAAAAGAAAAUCUGGAAAGUCCAAGGGAUCCACCGUAGCAGCUAAGGGCAAACUGCCCCCAAAAGUUGACAUUAAGAAGAUACAGAAGUGUUUCUUUUGUAAAAAGAAGGGACACAUGAAGAAGGACUGUAUCAAAUUCAAGAAGUGGAUGUCCCAAAAAGGCUAUGACAAAUCUGAGACAGCCAACGGGAACUGAGUGUAGCAUCUUCUCUGGAAACAAGAUUGCAUCACCUGUAGAAGCUGUCGGAGUUUGUACUUUAGUUUUGAAUAAUGGUUUCGUUUUGACGCUAGAUAAGACAUUUUAUGUUCCUAGUUUCUCUAGGAACUUAAUUUCAGUUUCUAGACUUGUACCCUUUGGAUUUAAAUUUGAAUUUAAUGCCAAGUAUUUCAAGUUAUUUCAGAAUUCUACUUGUAUUGGCACUGGUACAUUAUCUGAUGGUCUUUAUCGUCUUAACUUAAAGAAUGUUUCAAUUUAUAAUUCUUUACAUGUUCAAAACGGCACUAAACGAUGCAGUAUUAACGAAAAUUCCUCAAUGUUAUGGCAUCGGAGAUUAGGUCAUAUCUCCCUUGAGCGUAUUAAAAGAUUAGUAAAGGAUGGAGUACUUUCUACUCUAGACUAUACUGAUUUUGAGACUUGCAUUGACUGCAUUAAGGGUAAGCAGACAAACAAGUCAAAGAAAGGUGCCAAUAGAAGUUCAACAUUGUUGGAAAUUAUUCAUACUGACAUAUGUUGUCCUGAUAUGGACAUGCAUGGUCAGAAAUAUUUCAUCACCUUCAUUGAUGACUUCUCAAGAUUUACCUAUGUGUAUUUACUUCAUAAUAAGCAUGAAGCAUUGGAUGCCUUUAAAUUAUUUAAAGCUGAAGUUGAAAACCAAUGCAAGAGGCA